CUGGGAGGCCAAGGCGGAUGGAUAGCUUGAGCUCACGAGUUUGAGACCAGUCUGAGCAAAAGUGAUACCCCGUUUCUACUAAAAAUAGAAAAUCUGGGGCAAGAGGAUUGCUUCAGACUGAGUUGGAGGUUGCUGUGAGCUAUGAUGCUGUGGUACUCUACUGAGGGUGACAGCUUGAGAAUCUGUUUCAAAAAAAAAAAAAACCACAAAAAAACAAAACCCAAAAACUUCAGCACAGCACUGAGAGCUUGGUUCCAGGUGACAACCCCUCCAAACCCCUCCCACCACCCAUUCCUGCCAGUUCAAAGACAUCAAAGAGAGCUAUUGGGCACACCCCAGGAGGCUGCGCCAAUCCUAGCACCUCGAAGGGCAGGGAGAGCCUAGAGAGUUGGGCCAGCAGGAUGGGUGGUACUUUGAUUACCAGAGCCAGUCCCAACCCUUCCACUGCCCAUUCUUCAGGACACCAUUUUGCACACCUCCAGGGCCAGGAGCUCAUUCUUUUUCCUACCAUUUCUGCCUUGGGCUCUCCAAGCCCUGUGCUCCUGUGCUCCAACCCUCCCCCCCCCUUGGACUCAGGGGACAGCAAGGAAGCUGAAAAGGACCCAAGGGUGGGAGGGCGGGGCACCUCCACAGGCCUGGGGGAAGCGUCGGCAGGAAUUCCACUCCAGCCAGUCUUCUGGGUGCCUGGGAGCCCCCUGGAGGGCAGGGAAGCAGCACUAUCGUCAGUCAUUGCCCACCCUCUGAGGCUCACAAGCUGCGAGGUCACAGCAAUGGCAGGAGACCGACACCCAGUUUCAGUGCGAGCAGUGGCCCUGGUGCGGAUAGAGCGGCUCCAGACAUUCACUUUCUCAGUGCACUGGUCAGACGGCAGCGACACUUUCAUGCGCAGAAGCUGGAAUGAAUUCAGGCAGCUCCAGAAGACCCUGAAAGAGACCUUCCCAGUGGAGGCAGGCCUGCUGCGGAGAUCCGACCGAGUUCUCCCCAAGCUUCCUGAUGCAUCGCUGUUGACGCGCGGGGGACUCAUGGGCCGUGGCCUGGCCCGCCUACAGCUGCUGGAGACCUAUGCACAGAAGCUGUUGGCGACUGCAGAGCGCGUGGUGCAGAGCCCAGUGCUCACUGGCUUCUUUGCUCCACAACCACUGGACCUGGAGCCAGCGCUGCCACCCGGGAGUCUGGUGAUCCUGCCAGCCCCCAAGGAGCCCCUAUCCCUCCCCGCUGGCAGCCCAACCAUUCACAGCCUGGAGACUCAGAGCCUGCGUUGCCUGCAGCCCUUCAGCACACAGGACACACGAGGCGGGUCUUUCCACGCUAGGGCCCAGGAAAGGCUGGACGUACUGCUGCGACACCCUUCAGGCUGGUGGCUGGUGGAGAAUGAGGACCAGCAGACAGCUUGGUUUCCAGCUCCCUACCUGGAGGAAGUGUCCCUAAGCCAGGACUCCGAGUGGGCCGUGUCCACAUGGAGCAAUGGCCCCCAGUUUUGCGCUUCCCGUGCCUACGAGGGCAGCCGUGCAGAUGAACUAUCAGUGCCUGUGGGGGCGCGAGUGAGCGUGCUGAAAACAUCCGACCGUGGCUGGUGGCUGUGCAGGUGCAGGGGUGGGACUCUGGGUAGGGGAGCCUCCUCAGGGCAGGCGGGUCCCUAAUCAAGCCUCGCCCCCUGCAGGUAUAGCGGCCAUGUGGGCCUCCUCCCAGCAGUGGUGCUGCGGCCAGAAGGGCUGGGUGCACUCCUCAGUGGGCCAGGGUUCUAUGGUGGGGAGGACAGACCUGGUGAGGCUCGGGACUACCCUGAUGCUCUUCAGGCUACGACCCCUGCCCCUACCGUACCCACCCGUCCCUCUCUGAGCAUCAUCCGGAGCCGCUGUUGCACCAUCACAUGCAGGGCACUGGGUCUGCACCUAGGGUCCCAGGGACCCCCUUGACAGCUGUGGAACCACAUGGAAGGCUGCAGGGUGCACCCCAUAGCCCAAAUAGGCUGAGGAUCCAGACAAAGCAACUGUCAGUGACUGCACCAUCCCCAACACUGAGGGAGGAAUAGAGGCAGCCUGCCCAAGAGGGGAGAUUUCUAGUUUUCUGAGUAAAAUUCUUUCAGAAUAACCCAAACCCAGUCUCACUGUGCUGAUGAGUAGGGCCUGCUGGAUCUCUGCCAAGCCAGGGUUUGGGGGUAAGCUGGCAGGGUCAAGGCCGUCAGGCUCUGAAGACCAUAAUAGCCACCAGGGACCUGUAUCA